AUGACUACGACCACAACCACCAUCAUUCCUGAGAAGGCGCACGAUCAAAUCGCGACAGAAGGAGAGUUAAGACAAAGAUACCAACAAUUCACAAACUAUGUUUUCAGCAAAGACGGAUGGCUUGGGGACUACGACUACCUCUACCUGAUCACCCCCAACCUUCCACCAUUCAACAGAAAGUACAAAGACUAUGCGACUCCGUUCUAUGGCCUCAAUGACAGAGUACCCAUCCUUCUUACACUUAUUCUGGGCUUCCAGCACGCACUUACCAUGAUCGGGUCGAUCGUAUCGCCACCGCUUGCCCUCGCAGGAGGCGCAUUUUACCUCUCGUCCGCUGAAACAUCAUACAUGGUUUCAGCCGCCUUCAUCACGACUGGUAUCGCAACAGCAAUCCAAGUUACACGAUUCCACAUCAAGGGCACACCAUUCUACAUAGGCACCGGCCUUCUCUCAGUCGUGGGACCGACCUUCGACAUCAUCGCUAUCGCCAUAACAUACAGUGAGAACCGUUACAAGAUUGGAUCGUGCCCGACUGCUGCAGAUGGGACCCAGUUGCCAUGUCCCGAAGCUUGGGGUGCUGUACUUGGCACUAUGCUUUGCACAGUCUGGGUCCAGAUCUUGAUGUCUCUAGUCCCGCCGCGCCUGCUCAACCGUGUCUUUCCGAAGAUCGUCACUGGGUCUCUGCUUCUCCUUGUAGGAGUGUAUCUGGUUUCGAACGGGAUGCAGAACUGGGGAGGAUCAUCAAACUGCAAUGGAGGGAAAGGCUUUUAUGCCCUUUGUCCAGAUACUGCCGCACCUCGACCUCUGCCUUGGGCAGAUCCGAAAUUGAUCGGUCUGGGGUUCAGCGUCUUUGUCAGUGUGAUCGUGGUUGAACAAUUCGGUUCGCCUAUGAUGAAGUCUGCAGCAGUCUUGAUUGGUCUCGGUGUAGGCUGCGCAGUCUCAGGAGCCACCGGCUACUGGUCAUCCUCGAACAUUGACUCAGCUCCUGCUGUGACAUUCCUUUGGGCUCAUACCUUCAAGCUCUCCGUGGAUGGCACGCUAGUCUUACCUCUACUGAUCAUGUUCAUCUGCGAAGGAGUCAGCUGUAUGCCGGACAUCCUCGCUACUGCAGAGAUAUCAGGCGUUGAAGUCGAUGGUACACAAUUCAACAGCAGAAUCCAGGGAGGGAUACUCUGUGAUGGAGUCGGUAGUUUGAUCAGUACCUUGGGCACUGGACUGCCAAUGGUAUCGCAAGCAGGGAACAACGGUGUCAUUGUUCUCACAGGAUGUGCAAGCAGAAGAGCAGGCUGGUGCGCCCCGGGAUUUCUGAUUCUCAUGGGCAUCUUUGGCAAGUUCGGGGGUGUCUUCAGUGCAAUGCCUCCUUCGGUCCUCGGAGGAAUGCAAUGCUUCCUCUACAGCACGAUUGUCGUAGCCGGUCUGAGAGUGUUGAGUCUGGUCGAGUUUACUCGGCGAAACAGAUUCAUCCUCACCUGCUCACUGGGUAUCGGUUUUAUCGACAUUGUGGCUCCAACAUGGUUUGAUCAAGUCCUGAACUACAGUGGGGACAACCUCCAGCUUGCAGGAUUCGAGCGGGGAAUCAACCUGAUUGUCAAGACACCUUUCAUCAUCGCAGCCGUGAUUGGAGUAUUCUUAAACUCGAUACUCCCUUCAGACAAAGGAGAGAUGGCUCAUUUGAGGCCGGGCACAUCAUCAGGAGUCGUCGCUUCAGUGGAGUAG